AUGGGAAACAUCUCUACUUUUAAAUUCUUUAUUCUUUCUGGGCUGCAGGACUCAGGAGUUUACAAGCCUCUGUACUUCUUGUUGGUGUUUGUCCUUUACAUCCUCAUUAUUAUAGUCAACUUAACUUUGAUCUUUAUUGUGACAGUGGAUAGAAGCCUCCAUGAGCCCAUGUACAUUUUCAUCUGCAAUCUGUCUGCAAAUGGACUUUACGGGACUGUUGGUUUUUACCCUAAAUUUUUGCUGGACUUGCAAUCUGAUAUUCACACAAUAGCCCACAGUUGGUGCAUGAUUCAAACGUAUGUUAUUUAUAGCUCUGGAUUAAGUGAAAUUACAGUUUUAACAGUGAUGUCAUACGACCGCUAUGUGGCAAUUUGCAGACCACUGCAAUACCACAGCAUUAUGUUCCCACGUGCUGUGUUAAAGUUGCUUAUAUUAGCCUGUGUGACUGCAUUGUUUGAUGUAUUUUACAGCUGGGAUGGUUCAGGAAAUCUUCCAAUUGGUGUACGUAAUGCAUUGUCUAUACAAUUUCUGAUUUUUCCUCCACUACUGAACCCAAUAAUUUAUGGCCUACAACUUCCACAGAUACGUGGAAAAAUGUUGAAGUACAGACUGUGA